AUGUUCAUUUUCAUGGGAGUCUUCUUCCUCCUUAAUAUUACACUUCUCAUGGCCAAUUUCAUUGAUCCCAGGUGCUUUUGGAGAAUAAAUUUGGAUGAAAUAACGGAUGAAUAUUUGGGAUUAACUUGUGCUUUCAUCCUGGCAGCAGUUCAGACACCCACUGAAAAAGAUUAUUUCAACAAGACUCUUAAUUUUCUAAAAACAACUACAAACCACAAAUAUGCUUUGGCAUUGGUGUUUGCAAUGGAUGAAAUCAACAGAAAUCCUGAUCUUUUACCAAAUAUGUCUUUGAUUAUAAGAUACGCUUUGGGCCAUUGUGAUGGAAAAACUGUAACACCUACACCAUAUUUAUUUCAUAAAAAAAAAAAAAGCCCUAUCCCUAAUUAUUUCUGUAAUGAAGAGAGUAUGUGUUCCUUUCUGAUUUCAGGACCCAAUUGGAAGGUAUCUUUAAGUUUCUGGAAGUACCUGGACAGCUUUUUAUCUCCACGUAUCUUUCAGCUUACCUAUGGACCUUUCAGUUCCAUCUUCAGUGAUGAUGAACAAUAUCCCUAUCUCUAUCAGAUGGCCCCAAAGGACACAUCUCUAGCAUUGGCAAUGGUCUCCUUCAUACAUUACUUCAACUGGAAUUGGAUUGGCCUUGUCAUCCCAGAUGAUGAUCAAGGAAACCAAUUUCUUUUAGAGUUGAAGAAACAGAGUGAAAACAAGGAAAUUUGCUUUGCCUUUGUGAAAAUGAUCUCUGUUGAUGAUGUUUCAUUUCCACAAAAUACUGAAAUGUACUACAACCAAAUUGUGAUGUCAUCCACAAAUGUUAUUAUCAUUUAUGGAGAAACAUACAAUUUCAUUGAUUUGAUCUUCAGAAUGUGGGAACCUCCCAUUUUACAGAGAAUAUGGAUCACCACAAAACAAUUGAAUUUCCCUACCAGGAAAAAAGACAUAAGUCAUGGCACAUUCUAUGGAUCACUUACUUUUCUACCCCACCAUGGUGAGAUUUCUGGCUUUAAAAAUUUUGUACAGACAUGGUUCCAUUUCAGAAACACAGAUUUAUAUCUAGUAAUGCCAGAGUGGAAAUAUUUUAACUAUGAAGACUCAGCAUCUAACUGUAAAAUACUGAAGAACAAUUCAUCUGAUGCCUCAUUUGAUUGGCUAAUGGAACAGAAGUUUGACAUGACCUUUAGUGAGAGUAGUCAUAACAUAUACAAUGCUGUGCAUGCCAUAGCCCAUGCCCUCCAUGAGAUGAAUCUGCAAAAGGCUGAUAAUCAGGCAAUAGACAAUGGAAAAAGAGCCAGUUCUCACUGCUUGAAGGUAAACUCCUUUCUAAGAAGGGCCUACUUCACUAAUCCUCUUGGGGACAAAGUGUUUAUGAAUCAAAGAGUAAUAAUGCAGGAUGAAUAUGACAUUAUUCACUUUUGGAAUCUCUCACAACACCUUGGGAUUAAGAUGAAGUUAGGAAAGUUCAGCCCAUAUUUACCACAUGGUCGACACUCUCACUUAUAUGUAGACAUGAUUGAGUUGGCCACAGGAAGAAGAAAGAUGCCAUCCUCUGUGUGCAGUGCAGAUUGUAGUCCUGGAUUCAGAAGAUUAUGGAAGGAGGGAAUGGCUGCCUGCUGUUUUGUUUGCAGCCCCUGCCCUGAAAAUGAAAUUUCUAAUGAGACAAAUAUGGAUCAAUGCAUGAAUUGUCCAGAAUACCAAUAUGCCAACACUGAACAGAACAAAUGUAUUCAGAAAGGUGUCACCUUUCUAAGCUAUGAAGACCCCUUGGGAAUGGCACUUGCCUUAAUGGCCUUCUGCUUCUCUGCAUUCACAGCUGUGGUACUUUGUGUCUUUGUGAAGCACCAUGACACUCCUAUUGUGAAGGCCAAUAACAGAAGCCUCAGCUACCUAUUACUCAUGUCACUCAUGUUCUGUUUUCUGUGCUCCUUUUUCUUCAUUGGCCUUCCAAACAGAGCCAUCUGUGUCUUACAGCAAAUCACAUUUGGAAUUGUAUUCACUGUGGCUGUUUCCACAGUUCUGGCCAAAACAGUCACUGUGGUUCUGGCUUUCAAAGUCACAGACCCAGGGAGAAGAUUGAGAAACUUCCUGGUAUCAGGGACACCCAACUACAUUAUUCCCAUAUGUUCCCUACUCCAAUGUGUUCUGUGUGCAAUCUGGCUAGCAGUUUCUCCUCCCUUUGUUGAUAUUGAUGAACACACUCUCCAUGGCCACAUCAUCAUUGUGUGCAACAAGGGCUCAGAUACUGCAUUCUACUGUAUCCUGGGAUAUUUGGCCUGCCUGGCACUUGGAAGCUUCUCUCUGGCUUUCUUGGCCAAGAAUCUGCCUGACACAUUCAAUGAAGCCAAGUUCUUGACCUUCAGCAUGCUAGUGUUCUGCAGUGUCUGGGUCACCUUCCUCCCUGUCUACCAUAGCACCAAGGGCAAACACAUGGUUGCUGUGGAGAUCUUCUCCAUCUUGGCAUCCAGUGCAGGGAUCCUUGGAUGUAUAUUUGUACCCAAGAUUUAUAUCAUUUUAAUGCUACCAGAGAGAAAUUCUACCCAAAAGAUCAGGGAAAAAUCAUAUUUCUGA